GCCGACACCGUGACACGCCCCGUUUCUUCGUCCCGUCCCUUGUUUCCCCGGCCGCCGCACCGCCGUCGUCCUCCGCCCUCCCGUCUCCGCCGCCACGCCACCCCGUCAGAUUCGCUCGCUUAGGCAUCCGUAGCUGCUGCUGAUUUGCGGUCGUCUGACUGAGGUGUACGGGAGGUCUGGAGCUGAAGCAGAGCUCCAAGUCCGGCAACUGCCGGCGAGACAUGGCUACGGCGGCGGGGAAGGAGGUGGACAUGAAGAAGAUGGAGCUUAUGAAGGAGGUAAGGGCGCACCAAGUGGCGAUCGGCGAGCUCAACAACCUGCCUCCAUCCAGGGCCGCUUACCAGAAGACCUGCAACAUCUUCUUCCGCAAGGACAUCAAGUCGGCCGUGGCGUCCCAACAGAAGCAACUUGAUAUCGCCAAGGCGAAGCUGCAGAGGCUGGAUCAGGCAUCAUGAAAGGUUCACCGCAGAAAUUUGAAAUUGCAACUUAUGCUGCUUCAUCCAUCCACAUCGGUGAAUUCUCUCUAAUCAGGUGUCUUCGGAGUGCCAGUCGACUAGGAUGCAACUUAUAUAGAUUUCUGUGUAAUAAUGGUGUGUUUAAUAGUUACGAGUGCGAGACAAAUCAUUUCUUUCUGAAUAUGGUGGAGACUGGAUACGGGACUGUUGUCACAAUAGACCCAUUAUGAAGGUGAUGCGAUGAUUUGAUUGAGCUAAUUAAGCUGACCUACUGCUUGCUCGAGUCUUUCUGAACCGAUUAUGCAGCGACAGGAUUAUGGAUCCAGGGGCAUGUGUCAGCGAAGAAUCUGUGCAUCAGUUUAUAGGCUAUGCAAUUGUUGAGUAUUUUGUUUAUAGGCUGUAUAUGCAAUUGUUGAGCAUUCAGCUUAUAGGCUAUGCAAUUGAAGAGCCUGUUACCUUUUUCCUUGUGUUGGUUUCCGGGCAACAAUAAUUAACCUUGUAAUAAACAUCAUUUUGUUUCA